GGGGCAGAUGGCAUCCGAGGUCUGAAGGGCACCAAGGGCGAGAAGGGUGAAGACGGCUUCCCUGGGUUUAAAGGCGACAUGGGAAUAAAGGGUGACCGGGGGGAGAUCGGCCCACCUGGUCCCCGAGGAGAAGAUGGUCCUGAAGGUCCAAAGGGUCGUGGUGGUCCCAAUGGUGACCCUGGUCCUCUGGGACCCACUGGGGAGAAGGGGAAGCUCGGAGUGCCAGGAUUACCAGGGUACCCUGGAAGACAAGGGCCAAAGGGCUCUAUUGGAUUCCCUGGCUUCCCAGGUGCCAACGGAGAGAAGGGCGGCAGGGGGACACCUGGAAAGCCAGGACCGAGGGGACAGAGAGGCCCAACGGGUCCGAGGGGUGAGAGAGGCCCACGGGGCAUCACAGGGAAGCCUGGUCCUAAGGGCAACUCUGGAGGCGAUGGCCCAGCUGGCCCUCCUGGUGAGCGGGGACCCAAUGGACCCCAAGGACCCACAGGCUUCCCUGGACCCAAGGGUCCCCCGGGCCCACCAGGCAAGGAUGGACUCCCUGGACAUCCUGGACAGAGAGGCGAGACCGGCUUCCAAGGCAAGACUGGCCCUCCAGGACCCCCGGGAGUGGUUGGCCCUCAGGGUCCCACAGGAGAAACCGGUCCAAUGGGAGAGCGUGGCCACCCUGGCCCUCCAGGCCCCCCUGGUGAACAGGGCCUUCCAGGAGUUGCUGGAAAAGAAGGGACUAAGGGGGACCCAGGCCCUGCAGGCCUCCCUGGAAAGGAUGGCCCUCCAGGAUUGCGUGGAUUCCCUGGGGACCGAGGACUUCCCGGCCCUGUGGGAGCUCUUGGGCUAAAAGGCAGCGAAGGCCCCCCGGGCCCUCCAGGUCCUGCGGGUUCUCCAGGAGAGAGAGGACCAGCUGGGGCUGCGGGGCCCAUCGGAAUUCCAGGGAGACCUGGGCCUCAGGGACCUCCGGGGCCAGCUGGAGAGAAAGGGGUUCCUGGCGAGAAAGGUCCACAAGGCCCAGCUGGCCGAGAUGGCCUCCAAGGUCCUGUGGGGCUUCCUGGUCCAGCCGGCCCCGUCGGUCCUCCUGGAGAAGAUGGAGAUAAGGGAGAGAUCGGGGAGCCAGGGCAGAAAGGAAGCAAGGGGGACAAAGGCGAGCAGGGUCCUCCUGGACCUACGGGUCCUCAAGGCCCCAUUGGACAGCCAGGUCCCUCGGGAGCAGAUGGUGAGCCAGGUCCUCGUGGACAGCAAGGCCUGUUCGGGCAGAAAGGAGACGAAGGCUCAAGAGGUUUCCCAGGACCACCGGGGCCAGUGGGAUUACAGGGUUUGCCAGGACCUCCAGGAGAGAAGGGUGAGACAGGAGAUGUGGGCCAGAUGGGACCUCCUGGUCCCCCAGGCCCCCGAGGACCCUCUGGAGCUCCAGGUGCUGAUGGGCCACAGGGUCCUCCCGGAGGAAUUGGCAACCCUGGUGCAGUGGGAGAAAAGGUAAUGUCCAUCUACUUAUCCCAGUGUCUGCCCUAUAGCUACAUGAGAAGUAGUGUGUUUGUGUGUACAUGGAGUCCUGUGUGCCUGUGUGCGUAUGCACUCGUGUGCCUGCGAAUGUGCACACACAAGCAUGUAUGCCUAUGUGUUUGAGACACUCCCAUUACA